AAUUUUUGAAAUAAAAAUCGAAUCUCAUGCUUUCCAAUCAGAAUACCAUACUUAUUACUGUAAAAAAACUGCAUUUAAACAUAUUGAUUUUCCACGGAGAUACUAAGGGUGAUACGGGAUUUUUAGGAUAUACUGUUUAGUGUUUAUGUAUUAAUUAUAGGUAUUAAUAGGUUAGUAGGUUAGUAGGUUAAUAGGUAUUAUAGGUAUUUGAUAUUUUGGUCACGACUGUCGUAGUUCAGUUUUUUUGAAACCAUGACCAUAUUUUAUAAUGUUACUGGCUAUAUUUGGAUUUAUUUUAUAUACAAUUUACCAGUAAAGUAAUAAAUUAUAUAAUAUGUUCGGUAUAUAAGAAAUAAUUUAGUAUUAGGCGAUUCGGUUUAAUCAGAAUCGGUUUAUGAUUCAGCCGGUAAGAAUCAACUGAAUAAAAUAAUAUCCCGUGAUAUAUACCUACCGGCUACCAUGCAGUAGUAGAUACAAGAUACAUAGUUACGAUUUUUGAUAUUAAGACUAGCCAAUACUAAAAAAUCGGUACCAAAUAAAUAUAAUUAAAACUUUAUUUACAAAUAAAGAUAUUUUGUGUGUUUACAAUUGUGUAAACAUUUAUAUUCUUCCAGAAUUUAUGUAGGGUAGUUCUCUCAACCAUUUCUGUCAAACAAAAUUUGGGAGACCUUGUAUUUAUAUAUAAUAUUAUACAUUUAUACAUAAAAUUUUAAAUGUCUGAAAAUUCGGUGCAAAUUAUUUAUUAUUUCAGUUAGGUAGGUAACGCGUAUGUUGUUUAUUUCAUACCACUUUAAUAAAUACUAUUAUUUUUUUAUUUAAUACUUAUUAUGUAUUUAAGAUUGGUGCAAUAAUAUUGAGAAAAAUAAAUCAUUAUGGCAGAUGAGCAAGUUGAGUUAGCGUCAAAAGAUGUUUUUGUUUUACUGGGAGUCUCUGCUCCUGAAAAUCUAGAAAUUGGAACUAAACGGCAAGAACAAGGUGAUACAAAAGGCGAUGAAAAUGAAUCAGUGUUUACACUUGAUGAAGAAGACAAAACUAAAUUUAUGACUGUUGUUGCGCCACUGGUUAUCGAUGUAACACCACCAGAAGAUUUAGACAACAGUUCUACUGAUAGUUUAACUCAAAAUGAAAUCGAAGAACAACGAUGGUAUAAUCCAGCAUUGAACACAGGACUAGAAAAAUCCGAUUUCGAAGGUUUAAGAAGGCUGUUAGCAGAAAUUAAGAAUACUGACCCAACAAAAACCUUGGCCGCGUUGAUCAAACUUAAAGCUGAAAAAAUAUUAGAGGGACCUUAUCAAAACAUGUUUAUUGCUUUAAAUGGCUUCAAAGUGUUGAUUAACAUACUCGAAUGUAACAACGACGAAUGUAUGGAAAAUGCUUUGAUCAUUGUACAUGAAAUGUCCCAACAUUACGGAAUCCAAUGCUCAUUGUGUACAUUGGACGCGGUGAAACCUUUGAUUAACAUUUUAUUGUUCAAAAACAACUACAAAGUCAAAUACUUGGCUUCGGAAACGUUACAGAACAUCGCGAAACUGAGAAGAGGCAGGAAGCUUAUACGAUUGAGUGGUGGAAUUAAGACCAUGGUGCAAAUGAUGAACGUAUCGAAACACAUAUUACCAAUGCACUUGAAUAGUAUGAACGAGAUAAAUCGGGCCGCAGUAGGUUUGAUGAACUGCUGUUCCGGCACUUUAAGACAGUUAUGCCGGUCUUUAAAAUGCCAAGAACAGUUGUUGUGGGAAAUCGGGUUCGUGCAGCUGUUAUCGCAAUUGUUGAACUCGAAACAUGGCGAAAUUCAAGUUUCCAUAAUGAGUUUAGUAGCGGAAUGUUGCCGUACACGGCCAGGAGUCGUUGGACAAAACACAGACGUACACAUUAGAGUAGCACUUAAGGAGCAGAACAUUUUGCAGCAGGUCAUACAGUUUUUGGUCAGUGAUUCUACCCAGCUCGCGGAAAAAGCAACCGAAACGAUACUGUGCAUGUUUGACGGUGAUCCUGCUAUAUACAACGUUCUGCUGAAACACAAGGGUAUGGAAGCCCUAUUCAAAGCUGUCACAAAAUUCCAGAACGACGACCACGUUAUGGUGUUGAUCAUCACCGUGCUGUGGAAGAGCUCAUUGAACGCGAAAUGCAGACAAGUGAUCGAAAAAGACCGCAUCGUAGAUUUCCUUCUUGAACUGUUGGCAUACAAAUUCGACGACCGGGUAAUCGGCUACGCAGUCGCCACGCUGUCUGAAUUGUGGAAAUCUGAAUCGUUGCGUGGCAAGCUCAAGCAAUUUGCCGUGCCAAAGUAUCUGGAACUGCUCAACACUAGCCUGCACAGCCUUGUGUUGGCACACGUGUGCACCGCUAUAGGUCGAGCGUCUAGCGACCCACAGUGCAUGGAAAUGAUCGACGAGGCCAAGGGGUUUCGGUUAAUUUUCGUACUGUUGCCGUCCCUGGACGUGGACGAGUUCGAUAAGUACGAAGAUUUCUACGAACCGCAAACGAUCAUAGCCGCUGCCGAAUGCCUGGCCAUGAUAGUUGAAAACACACAAUUUAGCUUGAACCCUCUGAAGGGAAUGUACGAGGCGGUCUGUGACCUGGUAGAUUUAUUGACGCACAAGAAUUUGGAUUUUUUAGCGGCAGUUUGUCAUCUAAUCGUCGUUAUUGCUACGUUCGAUGAGAAUUUAAAAAUAAUGGUCGACGCAGGAAUUGUCGAAAAUUUGGCAAAUCUCGUAUCUACGGAGCACACGAACUUGAGAGCCAAUCUCUGCAAAGCUUUGGGUAAAUGCUGCACUGUUGGUGUAACAGCACGCAGAUUCAGCUGCAAACACAUUAUGGAUAAAUUAAUUAAGUACACGCAUUCUGAGCAUAAAGUCGUCAGAGACAACGUUCCUCUUGCGCUUAGCGGAUUAUCCGAAGACCCCUUAAAUUGUGUAAGGAUUGAGGCGUUAGGAUUCCUUCCGUUUUUAAAAAAAUGUAUACAUUCGGAUAAUCCUGAUACAGCUAUGGCUGCUGUUAACUGUUUGAGCAACGUAAGGAAAGCAAGCGCAGCUAUAGGCCAAUUUCAAGAGUGUACGACGAAGCAUUGAAAAUUACAUUCUUACAAUUUCCUUAUUAUAGUAUGGAAAUUAUCGAUGCAUUAUACAAAAUAUAUAAAUAAAAAAAUCGUAAAUGUAUGAAUACAAAUGUGAAUGUACCUUUUUACAUAAAUAUAUUAUAAAUAUAAAAAAAUAAAUAUCCAUGGCUUAUAAAUAGAAAUAAAUCAAAAAUAUUCUCAAGUAAGGACAUAUGGCAUACGCCAUUUUCAUUAUGAUGUACAUUAAAAUGUAUCUUAAAUGUAUUGCCAUAAAUCAUAAUGUAUUUCAAUAUAUAGGUAUUAUAUUUGGUAUUCCAACUAAAAUAAAAUACUGAUUAUUUAUAGGAUAUUAGUAUUUUUGAGGUGAAUAGGUACUUGAUAGGCGACAGCGGACCGUUUAACAUAUUUUUAAACAUUUUUACAUUUUGUGAGUUUCUAGGUUUUUCUACGAACUAAAAACUACUCACUAGUCCAGGAGAACACUGGCCUCGUGACCUAUAAGCCGCAACACGUAGGCACUAGUCAAGGUCAUGUCGGUCGAACUUAUAGGUUUUAAGUCGAUAUUU